CCAAAUUUCACAAAAGCCCCUUAUGAAAAGGGACCAUCUUGUAUCAUUGGUCAGCACUAUCUGCCUUAGACAAAAACCUAAAGGGCCAUCACAUGCCUCUCAGCCUCAAUUUCCUCAUCCGCCCAUCCUUCAUCACCUCUCGUUGCAUACAAGUCAGAAAAAACCACCACAUCGCUGCCAUGUCCAAGACCGAGGGCGCCACUUACACGCACGGCCACCAUGCCUCUGUGCUGCGCUCGCACACCUGGCGCACGGCAGCCAACUCGGCCGCCUAUCUUCUUCCCCAUCUCAAGCCGGACAUGAAGGUGCUCGACGUCGGCUGCGGCCCGGGAACCAUCACCGUCGACCUGGCUGCCAAGUACGUGCCGCAGGGCCACAUCACGGGCCUGGAGAAUGCCGCCGGGGUCCUGGUGCAGGCCCGCGAACUUGCAAAGGAAAAGGGCGUGACAAACGUCGAAUUUGUAGAGGGAGACGCCAAUGCGCUGCAGUUCGCCGACGAGACCUUUGACGUGGUGUUUUGCCACCAGGUGCUCCAGCACGUCAAGGAUCCCGUAAACAUCCUGCGGGAGAUGCGAAGAGUGGCCAAGACGGGCGGCAUCGUCGCCGCGAGGGAGUCCGACUUUGGCGGCUUCAUCUGGUACCCCGCCGUGGAAGACAUGGAGGACUGGCUGGCAUUCUACUCGGCCAACGCGCGGUCCAACGGCGGCGAGCCCAACGCAGGCCGCAUGAUCCACACCUGGGCCAAGAAGGCGGGCUUCUCGCCGAGCGCCGUGACCAGCGGCUCAAGCACCUGGUGCUACAGCACAAAGGAAGAGGUUGCGUGGUGGAGUGGCUUGUGGGCAGAGAGGACCGUGGCGUCGUCAUUUGCAAAGACGGCGAUUGAGAAUGGCACGGGGACCCAGGAGAGGCUGGAGAAGGCUUCGGCGGCUUGGAGGAACUGGGGUAAUGAGGAGGAGGCGUGGUUUUCCGUUCUUCAUGGCGAGAUUAUUUGCCGCAAGUAAGGGGGAUGUAAUGAGUCUUUGAAAAAAUAGGCUACUAUUGCUAUAUGAGCAGUAAUGAGAGAUGAAUACAUGUCGAUAUGAAGGCACAUGAGUUAGUUAUAAGCAGCUGGAUGGUAAUUCAUUAUGUGGUAUUAAUAAGAUAUCACAACAUGGCGGCUCAUAAGGCAUGGGAUAGGUCAGCAAACCAACUUUUCUGUAUCUUUUUCUCGUCUAUAUAAUUGUUUUCAUCAUAUGUCUGCUCGCUUGAUGCGAUAUCAGACUGAACGUUAAAUUCCAAAUGAGCCGCGUC